AUGGAGGCAGUGCCUAGUAAUACAUUUGCAGCAGCAGCGUCUCCUCCUCCUCGCCCGCGUUCCGCACUCGAAAGGUUGACGUCCCCCACCCACGAUCUGUGCGUCAUGUCAACUGUUAUCCUUCAAGCCAUCCGUCGUAGCUCUCACUCGAACUCCGCAGCAGCAGGUCCUACGGCCCAGUUUCAACCGCUUGACACCAUCUAUCCGGUAAAAAUGCGCCUCGCGUCCUACUCCGUGACUGAGAAGGAUACGGGUGCGAGGGUUGAUGAUUGGGUCGCUUAUUUCACAUUCGCCAUUGGCAGUACGUCGUAG